CUUUUACAACCCACAGUCAGUACUCCAUCCACUUACUGUUGCUAUCAUUUGCUACACACCAUCCAUCUGCCCCGUACUGCGUACUGGUUGGUGGACGGGGUACCUUCUGGAACGGCUUUUGUUUUUGGCCCUGAAUUCUACUUUAUUCAUCUCUUUUGACGCUGUGUUUGCUACUUUGGUCGUGGCCGGCGCUGAUCAUCCAUCUCACCUACAAUUUUACGACAAAGUACUGCACGAGCGCCUGCGAUAUGCCACCAAAGCGCAAGUCUUCUCUUGGAACCGAGCCCUCUGUUGGCACUAAAAGCCCGGCCCAUACUCCGGCCAAACGUCCGAAAGCGAAUAUCAACUGGUCCAAGUUGGAAGAGCUCCGCUUCAAGAUUGAGCAAUUGAAGCAGAGCGAUGCUAUCAAGUCAAACACUUUGCGAAUCAAGAAAUCUCAGUCGAGCAAGAAAUCGGAUUACGAGUACGAUGAUGCGCUGGUACCCGCAGAAAGGUACCAGCCGCCUCCAUUUCAUGACACAAGCGUUGGGGAGGUGUAUUAUCGUGUAACGCCGUCCAAAUACUGGCUCGACGCUCGCCGCUACAGGCAGUUCAAAGUGGGCGAGGAUAGGAUCUCGAUCGGCGACUACGUCUUAGUCCGCAACACUCCGAGAAAUGCGCAAUUCCCCGGUCCCGAAGACGACCCCAAAUGGAUCGCAAAGGUUGUUGAGAUACGGGCUGGGGGAGAACGACAUGUGUAUAUCAGGAUCUUGUGGAUGUAUUCGCCCGACGAAAUUCACGGCGGUCGAAGGCCCUAUCAUGCACGGUAUGAGUUGCUCGCAAGCAAUCACAUGGAUGUAAUACACGGGAACACUGUUGAGGGACGGAUCUCGGUCGUGCACUGGAAUGAGACCGCGGAGCGUAAUGAUGUGCUGGGAUACGACCAGUUCUUCUAUCGACAGACGUAUGACUUCACCGCUCCGGCACCCAAGCGGCUUUCGCAACUCCCACGCCAUUGUAUCGACAAGCGUGAGUGCAAUCCAGAUGAAAUGCUCAUCCAGUGCGACAGUUGUCUGGGCUGGCUACAUGCUUCAUGCCUCGAACAGGCAGCUGUUAAAGAGGCAUACAGCUCCAACGAUCUUGAACCGCCGGUGGUUGAGAACAAGGAUGCUGCAACUAAGCGACGUGGACGUCCGAAGCGCAAUGGUGUCAAACGCGCGAGCUCCACCGCUUCUUCCCAAGCUCCAGUCGAACAACUUUUCUCUGCAGAGCUCACAACCUCUCAGGAGAAUAGUCUCUCAUUGACCGUAACGGACCACCGCGAGGGCCACACGGGCGAAACCUGGCAAACUUCGCCCAUCAUCUGCUUGCUCUGUGCAGCGAAUGUGGAGAGAGCCAGCAGUGAGCUUCCAGGUGGUGACACCAUUCAGGUAGCUUCGGUUGAACAAUCUGACGAAGAAGUCAGCCAAGAAGCUUCCGCAACUACCAACGAUGAACAGGGAACCAAGAGUCCCAGCGCUGGUAGUGAAACGAGUGCUGAUUGAGUCGCUAACGACAGGCUCAGGAUCCUCCCAGAAUCGCAAUCCUGCCUUCCUCGAGACCUGAACCUUCCUUGUCAAUACGGCAGCCUGCCCAACCGGAGUCUUGACCUCGAAAAAUUGACAUUCUGGACGCCAGACGACCUUCUUGGGAGCCAUGAAUGCCUCACCUUGCCUUCCUUGACUUAUUUUGGACUUCCCUCCUGACGAUAAAAACGAAUAUCCACUGUUACCCACCCUUUCCCCUUCUCAAAUAGCAUUUAGAUACCCAAUUGAG